UCCUGCUGCCCAGCGUGUUUGCCAGCUUGUCCCCGGUGACCAUGCAGUGCCCUGGCACAGUGCCAUGCUGACCAGCCAGUUUCUGUCCCUGGUUCUGCUCGCCAGCACCGGGCUGCCUGGGUUACUGGGCUGGAGCGGAGAGGAGUUUUACUUCCAGCCCAACAGCACAGCGCUUAACUUCUCACUGGCUGCUCCGCUGGAGCUGGAGGGUCCCGGGGCUGUAGCCGGGCCCGGGGCUGGGGCUCCGGCACUCAGCCCUCCCUCCAAUCGCUGCAACAUCACGGUGCUGAGGCUGGUCGCUACCUCGCUGCUCGCUCGCUGGGAGAGGUCCAUGGGCUUUAAGUGCGACGUGCUCCUGUUUACCACCAACAGCAACGCCCGUUCCUUCUUCUCGGCAGCUUUCACCCGGGUCUUCCCCCCGGUCAUCAUUGACCAUGUGGGGGUCGGAGGCGGCCAGCAGGAGUUCAAGCUCUGCGUGGGCUGUGGGGGUCCCCCUCGGAGGGGCCGCCUCAGCCCGACCCCCCAGGGCCAGCAGGUCAGCUUCUGCUGCCUGCACUUCAGUCUGGAGGAGCUCAGCUGGGACAAGGGCUGGAGGAUCAACCGCAAACCCAUCGAGUCCACCCUGGUGGCUUGCUUCAUGACCAUCGUCAUCAUCAUCUGGAGUGUGGCCGCUCUCAUCUGGCCUGUGCCCAUCAUCGCUGGCUUCCUGCCUAAUGGCAUGGAGCAGAGGAGGGGCUGA